CUGACGUAACUUUAACCAAGACUUCAUAACCUAUGAACCUUCUCUUCCCCUUCAUCACUGUCGAUGACGAAUCAUUUAUAAGCGCUUCCUCUUUUCCUUCUUCACUUUAUAAAAUCUCAUACCCUUUUUCUCUCUCUAAGGUGAGCCAAAUGAAGAACUCAAAUGGCUCUAGAGAAAAUGGAGGAAGUUACGUUUUUCUCCUCCUCCCCCUUCUCAUCGUUCCUCUUGCGGCUGCACAAUCUACAACCAAUAACCAAAACGAAUCGUAUUACAACCGCUUCAGCCCUUCCAUGGCCAUCAUAAUCGUCAUCCUCAUCGCCGCCGUCUUCCUCAUGGGCUUCUUCUCCAUCUACAUCCGCCACUGCGCCGACUCCCCCUCCGCAAGCAUCCGCAACCUCACCGGAGCCACCUCCCGCCAGCGCCGUGGCCUCGAUCAGGCCGUCAUCGACACUUUCCCCACGCUGGAGUACUCCGUGGUGAAGAUCCACAAGCUUGGAAAGGGGACGCUGGAGUGCGCGGUGUGCUUAAACGAGUUCGAGGACACCGAAACGCUGCGUUUGAUCCCUAAGUGCGAUCACGUGUUUCACCCGGAGUGCAUCGACGAGUGGCUCGCCUCCCACACUACCUGCCCCGUUUGCCGCGCUAACCUCGUCCCCGAGCCCGGAGACUCCGUCAGAGGAAUUCCGGUUCUCAAUGCUCCUAACGACAUCGAGGCCCAAUCCGAAGCCCAACCCGAGGCCCACAACGACGCCGUCGAGCCUCUUCCCGAACAACAGCAAGAGCCUAAGCUUCCGAUUUCCUCUGAACCCCCUCAAGUGCUCGGCCUAAACCAGACGCUGAACCGGAACCGCACGAGAGGCUCCCGGUCGGGCCGCCCCCGCCGGUUCCCCCGCUCUCACUCGACCGGUCAUUCGCUGGUCCAACCCGGCGAGGACACUGAGAGGUACACCUUGAGGCUUCCUGAGGAAGUUAGAAAACAGCUACUUCUCAACCCGGAACUGCAUCGAGCGAGAAGCUUGGUUAUGUUGCCCAGGGAAGGUAGUUCGCGGCGUGGAUAUCGAACCGGCGAGGGAAGUAGCAGAGGGAGGUCUUCGCGGCGGUUGGACCGGGGGUUUAAGUCCGACCGCUGGGUUUUCACUAUGGCGCCGCCUUUCUUAGUGAGGGCCUCUUCCGUUAGGUCUCCAAGGGUGGCCAAUAACGGCGGCGCAGGAAUAUCUGCUACUGCGCCCUUUCCGCCGCCGGCUGCUGCGGAUUCUGUUUGACUCCUCCUUUGUUCAAUAGUUUAUUGAAUUAAUCGAUUUUUUUUUUCUGCCACGAUUUAUUUUUUGGCCUUAAAUUGGGAAGGCGUGUAUAAUAUUUGGCACACUUGUUUUGCGUUGAAGAAAAUUAGCUGGAUUCGUGAA